GACGCUCGCGGGCCCCCAGGCUAACCCCCGCUGUAGCCUUAAAUCUCCUACCAUGGGGGAAGAAGGCGGCGGCCGCAGCUGUGGGACCACUAUGGAGCUGCAGAAGCUGAAGCAGCAGGCGAUGGAGUACUACCGGGAGAACGACGUUCCGCGCAGGCUGGAAGAGCUGCUCAACUCCACCUUCUACCUCCAGCCUGCAGACGUCUACGGGCACCUGGCAAACUGCUUUUCGAAACUUGCAAAGCCUCCCACCAUAUGCAGAGUAGUGGGGAAAAAUGUACUGGAUGGACUGGGGCUUCCAACCCUACAAGUGGAAAUAUUCUGCACCGUUCAAAAUUUUCCCAAGAACAUAUGUUCUGUGGUGAUCUCAACUCACUUCGAAGUCCACGAGAACACUUUACCUGAGCUAGUUGAAGCGGAGAACAUAGAGAGGUUGGAGGCCGUCAGCACGGCCGUGCGGUGGGUCAACGAAACCAUCACCCAGGAGCUUCGAGGGAUGGCGCCCUCCAGCCAGGCCGAGGUGGACCAGGUGCUCAGGACAUUCUUUGAAAAUAAAGUACAAGAAGAUAAGGAGAGAAAAGAAUCGGAAAAGAGCCUGGAAGACUCAGCAGUGCCUAUACCUUCACCUCUAACACCACCAGCACCUCCUCCACCUCCAGCCAAAAAAAAGGGACAAAAACAAGGGAGGAAGGAUACCUUUACAGAAAAACCAAUUCUACCUCCAGAGCCUGGCGAACCGGUACUCUGCGGCAGCAUGGCCAUUGGGGCUGUGUCACUUGCUGUUGCCAAAACCAGCGCCAUGCUGGACAGUAAUCCUCUCUACUUAAAUAUUGCGUUACUGAAGCACCACCAGGAACAUCCAGCAAAGCUAACUGUACCUCUGCUGAUGGUGUCUCUGGUCAGCUGUGGGAAGUCCUCACCUGGGAAGCUGAAUUUAAUGAAAGAAGUGAUUUGUAUACCCCAUCCUGGAUUAACAGCUAAACAAGGUGUGGAGAUGCUUCUGGAAAUUCAGAAACAUAUAAACAGAACAAUUGAAAUGCCCCCUCCUCCAAAAACAGAGACAAAAAAAGGUCACAAUGGAGGCAAAAGAAGUCAACAGCCAAUCACUGGCAAGAUGUCCCAUCUUGGCUGUUUAACCAUUAAUUAUGACACCACAGAGCAGCCACUGCUUCUAAUACAAGGGAUCUGUGCGAACCUAGGGCUGGAAAUGGGAACAAAUCUGCAUCUAGCCAUCAACUGUGCUGCACACGAGCUGAUGGACUAUAGUAAAGGAAAGUAUGAAGUGAUGAUGGGAACCUACAAAAAUGCAGCUGAGAUGGUUGACCUGUAUGUGGAUCUGAUCAACAAGUUCCCUUCAAUUAUUGCCUUAAUUGAUCCUUUCAGGAAGGAGGACUCUGAACAGUGGGACAGCAUCUACAAUGCUCUUGGUUCCAGGUGUUACAUAAUUGCAGGAACUGCAUCCAAAAGCAUUCCUAAACUUCUAGAGGAUGGGAACGUCAGUGUCCUCAGACAGAGUGGGCUCAUCAUAAAACAUACGAAUCAAACUACGGUGUCUGACUUGGUGGAAAUAACCAAUCUUAUGGACAGUAAGAAGCACGUCGCUGUCUUUGGAAGUACAGAAGGAGAGUCGUCCGAUGACAGCCUUGUCGAUUUGGCUGUUGGACUUGGCGUUCGGUUUAUCAAGUUGGGAGGUCUUUCUCGCGGCGAGCGGGUGACAAAGUACAACCGCCUGUUUGCUAUAGAGGAAGAACUUGUCCAGAAUGGAACACUGGGUUUCAAUGAAGAACACACAUUUUUCUACUUGAGUGAGGAAGCUGAAAAGGCUGCCGUGGCUGGUGAGCUGCCCGGGCCCCCGGGGCGCAUCUUCCCCACAGAAGUCGUGGAGGAAUCAGUCAAAACAUGAGCACACUCCGGACGAGGCUGCGCACUCCCCCGCCUACAGCCGCACCGCCGCUGUGGUGGGACUGGUAGCUCUGAAGUAUGUCUUCAUUUUGGUUUUGCUCUAAAACUUCACUAACUUGUGCGCUUUUUCUUCUUUUAAUUUCACUGGUGAAAUACAGAUAGUAUUUUGCCAAAAAUUACACCUGUGAACCUUGUCUGCCAGCCAUCACAUUUCUAUGGGGAUUUUGUUUGUAUCUGAGCUCUCUCCUUUCCAUGUUGGGGGCUCAUGACUUAGUACAAGAGUCCAGUACUUUUGUCGCCAACUCCACGCUCAAACACCUCAAUUAUACUUUACAAAUCAAAACAACUCUGAAAACAAAAAUCUUUUACAUUAGGCGCUCUCUGUGCCAGGAACAGGAGUACAUCUUCUGAUUUGAUCUUACAUAUCCAUGCUAGAAAGCACAAACACAUUUUUGUAGCCACCCUCAUGCAGAAGUAUGAGUGUUUCAGGAUUUUUGUAAGAGCAAACAGCUUCCUCUCACUUUCCUACCCUUAAUUCCCUUUUCCCUGAUUCCCACCUCUUUCUAAAUUUUAGUUUUCCUUUAUUAUUCAUACCGUUGUGGGUCUCCUUAGAUCCUUUUUGGAAAAAGAAUGAGUGUAAGUGAGUUAGCACAUCAGUGAAUGAAUAAAUAUUCUUAAGGCAAUGAAAUGCCCAGUUAUUUUCACUACAGGAUUUAGUAGGUGAUUAAAAAUGCUGCAACAUACAGAUUGAACUGUCUUUUUUGAAAGCCAGUGUUGGGGGUACAGCAGAGGAGCACUAGAAGUAAACAUUUUCAAACACAAAGCCAGUGUUGGGGGUACAGCAGAGAAGCACUAGAAGUGAACAUUUUCAAACACAUACCUAUAGAUAUAAUAAUAUCCAACUGCUUUGUAUGAUUUAGAUUCUCUGUUAAAAGUUACCAUUUGCUUUUCCUACAAAUUAUAUAAACUGCUAUGUACUGACCUGUGGGAGAACUGGCUAAGUUUAGAUUUUUGAUACAUUCUGUAAGUUUUUACUAAGCACACUGAGGACCUCUCCUUUUGGAGAGUACUAAUAGGGGAACUUACUGGCCUUAUGGUAGAGCCAAGGUCUUACUCUAAAAGCAGGCAUUUAAAAUAGCCUCAGUGUCAGAUUCUCUCAGAGCACAGGCAGGAGAAUUGGUUGGUACCACCCUACGUUGGGAGAACUGUGGCACAGCCUCUGGCUGUUACUGCCUUUCUGGAUGCUUACUGAUGAACAAUGGGUUAUGAGAAACUGGAAGAAAAAUUCAUUUUAAAGUCAAGAGGAACAUAACUAAAUGUUCACACAGCCUCUGCACAUGUACACAUGUAUACACACACACACACAAAGUAAAAUGUGGGGGAGAUCAUAGGAGAGUAUGCACUGGAAUUGUGAUACAAAUUAUAAGUAAAUGAAUGAAACCAGAGGAAAAAUGUGCAACUAAGUUAAUAACUAAAUUCAGUUAACCAAAGAGGUGAUUUAUUACCUCAACCAAGUCAACAUGGAGCGCAGCCUAUUCACCGUUUGCUCACUUGAGGAUUGGGGUCACAAGGGACAUGGAGCAUUUUAAAUUUCUGAAAGUGAUAAGCAGUUUCUAUUUAUCGAUUUUUCCUCUCUACAUAUAUGGAAAAGAAUAUAUAGUAAUAGAUAUAGAACAUAUAAUAUUACACGGACAAGAGAUGAAAGCAGCUCGUCAUACACCAUACUGGACAAUGGCAGUGGGACUGGGGAGUGUUAGUGCUCAGAGGAAACCACACAGAAUCCAGUCCUUCAGCAAGGCCUGCUUGGUGAUCCUCUUCAGGUCAGUGAUGAUGACGGA